AAAAGGCACAAACCCAACGCAUUCCGUUCUCUAUUGCACCUAUACCAUGACACAUCCUAUUCGGUUUCUUGAACUUCUGAUAGUAGUUGCAUACUUUAGUGGUUUUCAAGCUGAAAAUUCAUUCCAACUGUACUGGGAAGAACAUAUUGGUCUUCCACACCCUCCACAUUGGUUAACUACAAAAGCUUCUCCAUUAAGCCCCAAUCAGGUGGCAAUGUUUAUGAAACUAAUGGAGGGAAAUGAAUUGACCUCUCACCUACCUUCAUUCUGUAUGGAGGCUAAUGUUGCUUGUUCUACAAAUGCACUGGUGAAGAAGACAAUCAACAACAGAACCCUGCCACACUUAGCCAGAUGGAAUGCUGCCAAACUGAAAUAUUCACUUCCAAAUAAAAUACCCUUGUCGGUUGCCAGCCAAGGGGGAUUGCCAUAUUUUAGGGAAUCAAUGGUGAAAGAGGGAGAUUUCAUACCUGUCCCUGAUCUAAGGGACCCAAUGUCAUAUAAAUCAUUCUUGCCACAAUCUCUGGUGUCAAAAGUUCCAUUUUCUUUUUAUCAGAUCAAGGAGUUGAAGAAGCUUUUUGGUGUAGUGGAUAAAUCAAAUAUGGAUGAGUAUAUUCAUAACACCCUAGAGAUAUGUGAGAAAUGCUCAAUUCAAGGUGAGGAGUGCAUAUGUGCGACUUCAGCUGAGGAUCUCAUCGAUUUUGUUUUUGCGAAAUUAGGGCGCCAUUUAUCCGUGUGGAGUACAGAGAAUGUUGAAGGAUCUUAUGAGAAUGUCAGAGUUGGCUCUGUGAAACUUAUCCAUGGAAACCUAGUUGAACCACCAGCCUUAUGUCAUAGUCAGCCAUUCCCAUUUCAAGUCUAUUAUUGCCAUGUUUUACAGAAAGUUAAAGUAUAUGCAGUUGAAAUGCAUACUCGGAUGAAAGUGAAUCAUGCGAUCAUGGCAUGCCACUAUAAUACAUCAGCAUGGAAUACAAACCAUCUUGCUUUUCAGCUGCUGGGUUCUAGCCCAGGUCAAAUUGAAGUCUGCCAUUGGAUAAAUGAGAAUGGAAUUGUCUGGACAAGACUAGGUUGAGCAACGUUCUUCGAAGAUUUGACAUUCUUAAAGUUUUUUUUGUUUACAUUACAUGUUAUUGCUUUUUCUAUUUGAAGGAUAAAUAAUAAACUAGUUUUGUUUUCUUAUUA